UUGACACGAAUCAGAAAAACGAAACCCCAUUUUGGAUCUGCUCGUGCCCCCGAGUCGCAACUCCGCCCAACGCCGUUCCUCCCCUCUUCCGCCGCCGGAGACAUGUCGAGACUGGGGGCCGCCGCCCUCCGCCGCGGCGUCGCUGCGUAUACGGUUCCUUCCGCGUCACGCUUGGCGGCGUUCGUGCUGGCGUCCCCUCGCCUCUUCUCCGCGGAUGCAUCCGGCGAGGCCGCCGCCGCCGCCGCCGCAGACUCGCAGGACGACUCUUUCCUCAAGGCAUCCCGCGAAGGCUUGGCCUAUGGGAGGUUCUACAGUGUCAUUGCUGGGGGCAACCGUCUCGGCAAGGACAUGUUGAAAACGGACAUUAUCCAUUACCUUGACAGAUGUGAACUGUCAUUGGAUGAUGUGAAAGUUGAUUACAACAGGGGAUAUUACCCAGUGGGCGCUUUGUUGAGGUUUCCUUCAAAGGCAUCAUUUACCACUGCAAUCAGGCAAACAAAUCAGGGUCGCCUGUACAGGCUUGAGGAGAUAAGUCGUGACCAGUGGGAUCUCAAUCAGUCCUUUGAUGGAAAAGCUUUACUGCUACAAGGAGUCCCGCGAAAUGCCCUCCCAGAGGACAUAGAGCGAUUUUUGUGUGGCACUAACUUUGAACCUCCGCCAUUUGAAAGCUUUCUCAGGCCUGGUGUCCCAGAGCCCAUAAGAAUGGUGCUGGUUAAAUUCGGGACAAAGACCGAUGCAAUGAAUGCCUUCAUUACCAAAAACAGGGGUUUCUGUCUGAACAAUCCAGUUAGCGUGCGUGUUCUUCAGUAACUGAGUAACCAAUCAAAUCGUGUUAUAUUUGGGUCAACUGUUUAAAACGAACCAUCCGGGCCUUUGAUCUGCGGUCUAUCCACACAUGUUGCCGCAAUGUAUUAGGUUCCAUGCAACUGGCAGGCUGCUUUACUAGUAUGUUUUUUUCCUUCCUAUUGACGCAUGGGUCUAACUGUACUGUUUCGCAUUUUUCAUAUGUACCCUGGAGAUUAUUUCACUAUUCCCUUUUGCAGUAAAAUAAAUUAAAAGUACGCCUACUCAA